UGACGAUUGGCGCACACCGUUUCCUGCUAGCAGACUUGCCGCACUUGCACCGCACAGUAUGAAGGAUGUUUGAUUUGUAGUCGUUGCUGGGGAAUUCAGUGAUGGUAGCUCUCGUGAAGAUAGACCACUGUUUGUCUUACCAGCAGGUAGCGCUGCCACGCGCACACUGACCCGAAGAGGGGAAAAAAGUUUGAGUGUUGCUCUGAGAUUUAACGCUUGCGCAGAACAGGUUGCCUGGCCAGUUCCUCUGGUUGACUUACCUGAGAGGUACAUCAGUUUCGGUCAAUAACAGAAAGGAACUAACGCGCCGUCAUUCCGGCGAACGCGAGAAGUUCAGUUAAAGCGCAAUUAUUAUUUAUUCGACCGAGUGAAAGGACCGGAGUAUCCUCUCUUGUUUUUGCCAGCUGCACUCGUGUUUUCUAGCCCAUACGCCACGAGGAAACGGAGCUCGUGACAGGUCGCCGUAUCCCGACUUGUCCCCACUGCAUUGAACCGCUCAGUCCGGUAGACGCCGCCUUUCUUCGUCGCGGAAAGCCUGGGAAACAGCUGGAUGCCUGCCUCUUGAUCGGUCCGGUAUCGUUGCCGUUUUGCCUGGUUGAUUAAUUUUGCUGUCUCGCGGGGAAAGAUGAUGGGCUUUCUGCGCAGGACGUUUAGCCGUCGGUCGAAACGACGCUUUCGGACGUCAGAUGAACUGGAUGGGACCGUCAGAGGCGGAAACGCAGUGCUUCAGGCGCACCAGCAGCAGGUGAUUCACGCGCCGAUCGUGGUGACCGGUGGAGCCGUGGUCCACAUCCCCGCGGCGGGCAACAGCAAAGACGCCAUCACAUGCAGAGUCUUGCUGCUGGACGGAUCAGAUGUCAGUGUGGAGUUACCGAAACACUCCAAGGGACAGGAUCUGUUUGAUCAGAUUAUGUAUCAUUUGGAUCUGGUGGAAGCUGAUUACUUCGGCCUGCAGUUCAUGGACCCAGAGCAGGUUGCGCAAUGGUUGGAUGCAGCUAAGCCCAUAAAAAAGCAGAUUAGACAUGGACCUCAAUACAGAUUGUUUUUCAGGGUUAAAUUCUAUUCUUCAGAGCCCAAUAACCUCCACAAAGAGUUCACCAGGUAUCUCUUCGUACUGCAGCUUAGACAAGACAUACUGUCCGGCAAGUUAAAAUGUCCAUAUGAUGUGGCUGUGGAGCUCGGGGCUUAUUGCUUACAAAGUGAACUUGGGGAUUGUGAUCCAUUAGAACACUCUAUAGCUUUGGUAUCAGAGUUUCGCUUUUCACCCAAACAGACGGAGAUAAUGGAGGCAGACAUCUACCGCAAAUGGGCUGAGUGCAGGGGAAUGAGUCCUUCUCAAGCUGAGCUGAAUUUCCUGAAUAAGUGCAAGUGGCUGGAGAUGUAUGGAGUAGACAUGCACUUUGUGAAGGGACGGGAUGGAGGAGAAUAUGCUCUGGGACUCACACCAACCGGAAUCCUUGUUUUUGAGGGAUCCAGUAAAAUUGGUCUCUUCUUUUGGCCUAAAAUAACCCGUCUUGACUUCAGGAAGAACCGACUGACAUUAGCAGUUGUGGAGGAUGAUGAGAAGGGCCGAGAGCAGGAGCACACAUUUGUGUUUCAGCUUUCUAGUUCUUGGGAGUGUAAGCACUUAUGGAAGUGUGCAGUCGAGAGUCAUGCCUUCUUCCGGCUCAGACAGCCAACCCACAACAACAGAAGCCGCAGUGACUUCACACGCCUCGGCUCACGGUUCAGAUUCAGUGGAAGGACUGAAUAUCAGGCCACACGUAGUGGUAAAGUCAGGAGAGCAAGCACUUUUGAGAGAAGACCAAGUAAAAGAUAUCCAUCACGAGCCCAGUCUAUGGUCAAGACCAUAACUCCAGCAAAACAUCCACAUUUAAGUGCACAGACCAGCCCCGAGCCAAGCUUAUCACCGUAUAAGCACAACAUUCCAGCUACACAGGAUCCCUGGCAAAGAUCACAUCUGUCUAGUCCCCUAUACGUACAGCCUAUGGAACUGGGACCCGUUCCGCCACCACACAGUUUCCCUUUGAGCAGUGCAGACACCCGGAGGUUUAGUGUGGAAGAGAACGAAGCUCCUCUUUCUGGAAAGAUCCAUCACUGCUACCAUCGCCAUGGAUACGAAAAACAGGAAGCAUUGUGCCUCACAACAGUUAAACCUAAAGCUUGGGUCGUGUCUCCUGGGCUCCCGGUUGAGUUGGAUCGAGCUCUACAGAACCAGCUAGAAGCAGAACCUGCAGCCUGGCCGGCCCUCCACAUCAAUAUAGACAUGGCAGAAGAAAAACCACUUUCCGAGAAAAGUCUUCCUUCCUCCCCUGCGGUUUUACAGGAACAGCUCAAAAGCAACAUUUCAAAACGCACCACCCAAAGUGAUAGUGGAACCUCAAAGGGGAACUCUUCAAGUGGAGACCAAACUGACAGGUAUCCCAGCUCCUCACAGGAUUCAGGCUCGAGCAGUCUGAACAUAGAGAAGCCCAGAGUGGAUCGGCGCAAACGCCUCGUCAGACAGUUUAGCUUUAACCAUAGUGAUGAAGAUGACCUCCCUGAGGCACUUGCAGCUAUAUCCUCCCAGUGCAGUAUGGGAAAAUCCUCCUCAAACAGCUCCUUGGACAAACAAGUCCAACCACCCAUAUACCCACCGCAGAAGGAUACGUCACGUUUAGAGCGUGACAACUCUCCCCCGUUCUUUCCAAGUCCUGUACCUCACCUGCUGCCGUAUGCUACACAUACAGAAAGCUCUGAAGACCUGCGGAUGGAGAGAGAGAAACUGCUGAGGGCUCUGUUAAUGACAGAACUCUGAGACAACACGCAGCUGACAGACCACAAAACCUACACAGACAAAACAGCCCUUAACUCAAUGCACUACUUUCACUGUUAACCAGUAUAUGAACCUAAACAAACCUCUAAACUAUAAGAGCUGUUUUAGCAUUUAGCAUUAACAUAGCAUUGUUUAAAUCAGUAACAGCAACAUUUCUAUGUUGGUUUGCUUGCUCUGUUCAUAGCAUGGCACUGGCGCUGUAUAAACAGGCUGAUUAACUUUUAAUAAUUCUUUAUACUUAUUUUCCCCAAUGUUUGAUAAUCUGUCUAUGGUUUCCUGAGGUUUAGGGGGCAGAGUUCAUUUAAACGAGCCAGGCUUUGCUUAAAGCUCUCAGUUUAUACAACAACUAUAUUUGAUUAUGUUCGGAAUAGAAUACUACUAUACUACUCAUACUAUCUCUGUAGUAUGCAGUAUGAAUACUGUGCAAAGUAUGCAAAAUACCAGUUUGACCUUUCACAUUUGCCAAAAUGUAUGGCAUACAGCACAACACACUGCCUGGGAGACUAUAUCCUACAAUGCAAUGUGUUCAGACACCUAUUUCAAAUUUGACUUGUGCACUUGAACAUCUGUAUUUAUUCAUUAUAGAUUUUUUAAACAUCUUUAAAAUUGGAUUAAAAUUCAUUUUUAUUUCUGAGGGUAUUAGCACCACUUGACCUGAAAGCAUAAUGGGGUCACGAAUGUAUUUAGCAUACUACUGUUUAAAAGGUGUAUAUUGUACUGCAUCAUACACUAUUUUUAGACCGUAUAGCCUAUAUAGUGUGUAUAGCGCAGUAUGAAAGUAAAUAUGCUAUUCUUAACAUGUGGGUAACUGUCUUGCAAAGUUAAAGGUUUCUAAUAUAUAUUUUGUGAAAUAUUUUACUGCUAUCUCUAUAUACAUUUUCAUAUGAAACUGCAGUUUUAUACAACAACCUCCUUUAUCUCUCUUGUAACCUAAAAACAAAGACAUUUCCGGAAGUGCGUUGAAAAGAGAUUGUUUUAAUUCUUACAUUGCCCACUAGAGGGCAUUAAAUAUGCAUUUCAGGAUUUCUUUUGAGAAUUAGAUUAUGAGCUGCAAAAUGAAAUGCAAACUUUUUAUUUUCUUGUUUACAACCUUGAUUAUCAUAAGGGAGGGCAACUCCCGUGUUAAUAUUUUGAUAUGACCACAACUACUGAAAUAAAAUCUAUUUAAUGUAGCUCAAUCACUUCUCACUUUUUUAGGUGUGGAAAUGUAAAUACAUAAACAUAGUGAGUCAGUCCCUCAGAAACGUUGUUCAAUUUCCUUUAUUUUAAGUUAUUAUAAAAUAUCAAAAUAAAAUAAUACUUUCUCCAAACAGCCAAAUUCUUGAUUUCUCUUUUCUACAUAUGUUUUCGAAUUACAAAUAUGAUGGUAACAAAUCAAUAACAUGAAAGAGUAGUGCUUUUGCUUAACUACUGCCCAUUGGCAUAUGUGGGUACUAGUACAAAUAAAUCACACUGACUAUUUCAUGGUCAUACACUUUACUCCUACUUCUCAUAAAAGCCUAAACAUGCAAAUUACUCCUAGUAUUUAAAAAUAAGCACAGAUUAUAAUAAAUGAGGCACACUGGCAUAAACAAACAGGAGAGUAUAGAUGGGAUACAGCUGCAGGUAACAAAUGAACCUGUUCACAUUCCAGCAGAUGCACACAAACACUCUCCUUAAUACACAGACAAUGGGUGAAAAUACACCUGGGUGCAUUACAGCAGGCCCGAAACACUCUCUGAGUGCAGUAAAUAAACACACAUGCAUUGACUUUUUUGGCUAAACACACACACACAUUCAUUAGUUGGUUACAUCUACUACACAUGCACACAUCAACAAGCACAUUUAGCUAUAGAAUUUUGUACAUUGAUUGGUACGGACAAUACAUAUUUUACAGACAGAUAUAAAGCACAAAAGUUGUUCCUGAUUCUGGUUCUGAGCUAUUUUUGGCGAAAUGACUUAAAAGAACUAUGUUGCAUAUAUCCACGAACUACACUGUGCGCGGUUCAAGAGUUUGGCGAAUCUUGUAAACAUGUUAGAACAGCUAGCUCUAUGAACUUCAUGCAAAUUAUAACCUUCAAAGAAAAAAAA